AUGGCAUCGGGAAGGACAACUGUAGCGAGUCCCACGAGGCGGACAAAUCCCUCAUGGGUGUGUCCAUCAUCACAGGCGCUGCCCCCCACGACCUAACUCCCACUACCACCACUACCCUGUCUACCACUCCUUUCAGUACCAACACAUCUAUCACAACCACAACUAUUGCCACCACAAAUUCCACCAUCACAGCCACUAGUCCCCCUGGUGCUGUGUGGACAGACGCCCCCUCGUCACCUCUGGAUUCACAGCUGGCCUUCAGUACAGGAGUGUUGUCCGGGAUGCGUCGGUCUCGGACCAGCCCCCACCAGACCACGGCGUUCGUGACGAAGGGCCCGAGCGAGCCCCGGCCCGCCACGAGGGACGCCCUGGUCGCAGUGGACGCGCCCUUCGUGCCAGAGGGCCGCUGCAACCACGGGAGCAUGGAAGAACUCUCUAGCCAAGCGCUGGUCCAGGGCGAGUUCCAGCCGUUCAGAAAAUCCAGUUCAUAUAGUGUGUGCCUAGAGAAAGGUGUGGAGCGAUCUCUGGUGGGCGGGGCAGCGCCACACCCAGAGACUCACCCUGAAAGUGUGGGGCAAAGUCGAGGUCCUCACGGCGCGUCCCAUCCCUGGAGAGGAGACGCGUCGAGAGUCGAACCUCGCAUGAUUCAUACACCGAAUCUGAAUCUUCAGGUCAGGACUGAGAGUGAUGUAGACACCCAAGUGGAAACACUGCACCUAGAUAAUAUGUGAUACUUAACACUUAAUGUUGAACUUUGAUAAAUGGCUUCUGCUAGUAUUAGGCAUCCAUGGUUAUAGGCUACGAAAUGCUUUAGAUUAUCAUUAUUUUUUUCGGGGGUCAUUUGCAUUUGUGGCCGUGAGAUUGGUCUGUGAAUUCGUAUAUAAUCAAAAUGUUUUUUUUUCUAAUGAAUAUUGAUCAACA